AUGAGAGCGCAGAGAGAGAUAAGACCCUUGAAACAUGUCGAGCUCGGUCCCUUUGUUCAACAAGCCGACCGGGGCAGACAUUCCUAUCAACCUCGUCUUACGCUCCACACUGCCCCUCACCGAGCUGCGUCUAUCCCAUCCAUAGACUCGAUCGCCUCCAACACGCCCAUCAUGCUGGUCUACAUCGACGGCUCAGCCAUCCGAAACGGUCGGCCAGACGCUCAAGCUGGCUGGGGCGUCUACUUCCCCAAUCCUGGGCUCAAUGACCUCAGCAGCUAUGGUCGACUUCCCGGGGAUCUGCAAACCAACAAUCGCGCAGAGCUGUACGCCAUGUUGAAGGCCCUUCAACUGUUCCGCGGCGAUGGACGUCCUCUCACCAUCAGGUGCGACAGCAGAUACGUCAAGGACUGCAUGGACAACUGGCGAUGGAAAUGGAAGAGGAACGGUUGGCUCACCGUUCGUGGUACGUCUGUACUCAAUCGCGAUCUGAUCGAGGACAUCGAAGCCGAGUUUGGAAGACUAUCAGAUCGAGCCUGA